GUAAAAAUGGCCGACGUUGAACUUGUGAGACUGGGAUGGCACCUUUCGGCCUCGGGGUAUCGAACAUGCUCAGAUGAAGGCAAGAAGAGUGUGCAAGAAACAAUUAAGGUGGCCCUUGAUUUGGAUCUGCGCGAGACAGGAGAGAAGAGCCUCCCAGAAGGAAUCAACAAGGGAAGGAUCGACUCCGUCAGCGGGCCCUGCGUUCUACAGAUCCAGAAGCUACGAAAUGUCGCUGCGCCCAAGGAUAAUGAAGAAUCUAAUACUGCUCCUAAACUAUUCAAACUGUCCCUGACCGAUGGUCAGUCCAAUUGUAACGCUGUCCUGACUGAUCCUGUGGAUAGUCUCAACUUAAACACAUCUCCAGGGACCAAGAUCAAACUGCUAGGCCUGAUAGACGUCAAACAUGGCUUCUUACUGCUGAGCAAUACCAACACUAAAGUCCUUGGUGGCCAGGUUGAACAGAUGCACCACAACUGGGAGUUGAAAAGGUCUCUUGCCAAACACACUCGUGUUGCCGUUGCAACCGUUGAAGAGGGUGGCCCACCACCAUUUAUACCGUUGGGUAAAAGGGACCGUAACGACAGAACAACCGUCAACCGGCGAGAUGGCUUCAAAUCUUUGGAUCUCAACAAAGAGGAGAAGAAAAAGGAGGAAAAUGAAGAAUUUGCUAUGCAGCGGCAGGCAACGAUUGCUGAGGCCUUGAGAGGCAAAGAAGGAAGGAAGACAUUUGGUGGAGGACAAAAAAAGCCUCAGGACAAAGAUGUCGCCAAGCUUGUUGAGAUGGGGUUCGCAGCAGAGAAGGCUUCAUCUGCCCUUCGACAGUCGAGUGGAAAUGUCGCCGAGGCUAUCAAUGUGCUGACUACUGGUCGAAUGGAAUACCCGGACAGUCGUGACAGCCGUCCCAGUGUCAUGAGAGGGCCGUCAAGGGUAGGAUCCCGUGCUGAAAAAGAUGAACGGCCAGGAUUUGAUCGCGAUCGUGACCGUGAUGAGCGACCUCGAGGUCGGGGCCGUGGUCGCGGGCGGGAUGAUGACGAAGAAGGAUACGGCGCCCCACCAAGCAAGCCCUCAGCCCCUGCCACCCUAUUCGAUUUCUUAGAAACAAAAAUAACCACAAAAGAUGACACUAAGGGAGCGAAAGCAUCCGCCAGUCAAUCUCAGGGAAAGACCACCUCCUCAUCAGAAUAUGCGUCAAGCCGUUCAAGUCAAUACACUGCUAAUUCAAAUUCUGGCCAAACGUUCUUUCAAAAGCGCAUGGAAAACUUGCCACCAAGGUUUCAAAAACAACAACAAAAGGGACAAUAUGCCGACAGCUAUAACGAUUCACAGUAUUCUAAUCGGUCGAAUCAGGGAAAUCGUGGACGGCCAAAUUACGAAUCUCAUGAGGACUCGUACCGCGGCCGCGGGAGAGAUUCGCGUAAUAACGAUACUGACUAUGGAAAACAGGGACGCAAUGAUCGUAUGAAACCGGGUGCGGCGUCUGCCUCCAGUAGAGACUAUGCGGGGGGAAAUAGACGGCCAAAUCAAAGUGCUGAGAACUCGCAGAGAUCGAAUUAUGACUCUGAGCGACAAAACCGGAACCGGGGUGAGCGGUUCCAGGAUAACAGAGGUCAGGACUAUCGGGGUCAAGGUCACAGGUCUGAUAGGUCAAAAGGUCAGGACUAUGAUUCAAGGUCAAGGGACCAGGGGUCACGAGGUCAAUAUUACAAUAAUAGAUCGGGUAAUGAUGCCAGGCAUUCUGGGAAUGGCGAUGGGUAUAGGGGUCAGGAAUACAAUCGCGGAGGCAGGCAACAUAGUCAAAAUUAUAAUAAUAGGUCAAAGGACUCUGAAAGCAAUGAUAGGUCACAACCUCAGAAUUAUAAAAGCCAAGAUUAUCAAAAUAAAAGUCAACCUAAAGAGCAAGGCAGACGAUCACAGGAACAAUCGUAUGAUGAUAAGUCCAUGACGUAUGACCAAAAUGGUCAGACUAACUAUUAUGAGCAGGAAACGUCAACGUCGGCCGCCCCGCAGGCCAUACCUGUUCAGAGUCUCGAGCAGGCAGUGACUUAUUCCACAAGUAAUGGUGCUGAUACACGACUUGCCGAAUAUUCGACGUAUGUUCCGCAGUCCAACCAUUAUAACGGCCAGUAUAACCAAGGAUGGGAGGAUGGCGCAUCGCAGAUGAAUCACAAUCACGUCCAGCAUGUCGAAUAUUAUCAGGAUCACUCGCAACCUUACCCAAGAAAGUGGAAAGUUGGCGACUAUUGUUUGGCUCAGUACUGGGAAGACAAAGAGUUUUAUCGGGCUACAAUCGUUGGUGUAAGUGACAAUGUCGAAACCUGCGUGGUCACAUUCACUGACUAUGGCAACACAGAAGAAGUUCUCCUCGCUGAAAUCAAGAUGAUACCCAAGGCUCUGCUGGCCGAUCCGCCCCCAAUACACAACCAGUUCAUACCGCAGGUUGUACCAAUCCAUGCUGCAAACUUUUCUAUACCACCUCCACCCAUUACUAUGAUUCAGUACGCAGGACAAAUGCCGCCGACAUUGGAAUUCAGACGCGCCGAUCUUAGCUACGAAAAACGAACACAGAAACCAAGUCAGCAACUGUACCAGCCGCCGCCCGCCAGGAUCAAUUGACAAAUGCUCUAUCCCUGUUCUUCUGUCCCCGAGACAUUUGGCAGUGGAUUUUAUUAUUAGAUAAUUCGUUCAGACCUCGUUUGUCCAUAAAGGGAAUUUGACUAGACCAUGAUACCACUUCUUUAAGAAUUGUAGGGCGGUUUGAUUAAAACACCUUCACGGAGUACCGACAUUAAUCUCUGUCACAGAUAUUUUGUCCUCUGUGGAACUUUGACAUAAGUUAACAUUGCUUUUUACAUCGUUCCUCUCUUGAAAUGCUUUCAAAUUUCCCGCUAUACCAAGCUAUUAAGAGAUGAUGCUCGCGAUGACUCGGUUCAUCGCUGACUGUGCUAUUUUUAAUAGUUUAAACAUAGCAUGGUAGGAAUAAUGGAGAGUUAAUAAACGGAAUGGAAAACACUAGUACAUGUACUUUCAUCUUGUUGCCCUGAAAACUGCUUUGGGGUCUUCCUCAAACAAUGGGGCAAAAAGAGGAGAAAAAAUGUGAGUAAUAACUGAAAGUUUCUUGUUCCAAUCCUGAUUCCAAGUUGCCUUUAGGGUUGAAAAGCGGUAAAUAACGUUGUACCUUGUUCUCUCAUAUAUUGGAAAAAAAGUGCUCCUGGAAGGUGUUUUUGGAGUCCCAUUUUGUAUGCAACUCUGCAAGUACUGGUUAUGUUGAGUAAUUGGUAAUUGCAUUUAAAGACCGGUACUUUGCAUUGCGUCUAAAUUGUCUAUGAAUUUGCACUGAUGUUGUUACAUUAAGGUCUUUUCAAUAUCAGUUUCCUCCAAGUUGUAAAUUUUGUAGAAUUUUGUUCUUGUUGAUAUAGCCUAGCUGUAUUAAUUAUCAGUACCUAUAUCUUAAUAAUACAAAUGUAUUAACCAUAUCACCCCUGCAGUGAUGAAAAUGAUUUGUAUAUAAUGGAAGACAUGUCGACUUUUCAAGCUGGAAGUUUACUUUGCCAAACAAUGGGACAGAAAAAAACUUAUUUCAUUCAGAUUUCAUUCAGAUUGUGGUGACCCCAUAAAACGAAAUCUACCUUUCGAAUGUGAUUGGGGACCCAAUGUUGUUCAGCCACCACUCCCAAAGAUUUGGUAAUGAAAAUGACAAAACAUACAGUACUGUACAUUUGUAAUGAAAAAUGACCAUGUGGUCUUGGUAAAAUCUUCUCAGUGCCUGUCCCCUUUCAGUUCAUUGGACUCACGAAUGAAUAAGAUUUACCCAAUUUUGCAUUUAUCCGAUUCCCAAAAAAUCAGCAAAACAUAGUAUAUUUAAAAAAGCCAAAAUAGGGCCUCUUGAUUGGCUCCUUUGAAUGGGCCCACAGAACUUGAGACGCUUAAUUGGAUAAUAUGACAGGAACUAACCCUACAUUCUGCUUAUGGGAAAUCCCUGAAUACGAGUAACAGUUAAGUGUGUUUUAAAGCUUUAAAAGUGUAUAAAGAAGCAUCUAGUAGGAGCUAUUACAAUAAGAACAGUAGUUAGAUCCUUACAAGGGCCUCUGCAGUCUUUCCACUAUUGUGUAAAUAAGGAAACCUAGUCUGAUUCCUGCUUGGGGCGCGGCCCCAAUGUCCGUCCGUAGCGGCAUUGAGUGUAGUCCUGAUCAUGUUUACACACGUACUAAUUGCCCUGGGCAAAGAUGUAUUACUAAUCAAGUGUUGUUGAUAUUUGUUAAUAUAUUCUGGGUACGCUCAUUUUAACACUCUUGAUGUAACUUUGAUUUCAUUAUAAAAUUGUCCUUUAUCGUAGAGGUUGUCCUGCUAAGGGCGGUUCCUCUGUAGUGUAAUAAGCAAAAUUUCACGAAAACCGUAUUGAAAAAAUUGUACAUUAUCUGUCACAUCUUUAUAAUAUUUGCAUGCUUUCGAAUAUGUUUUCAGGUUGUCUUCUCUAAGCAGAGUUACACGUACAUGCACUUUAGCUGGUACUACUGUGGUGAAUUGAGAAUUCUUUUUGGUUAUUUUGUCUGAUUUGUUUCAAAUGUGCUCGGUUUUUUUGUUUGCGUUAUUCUUCAUUUUCGAUAAUCAUGAACUGGUAAGGAAAUUCCUUGUUUGCUGUGGUCGUUUUUGGUGCCUGCGACACGAAUUGGCCAUCAGCUAUCGACUAUGACAUGGAAAGAAGUAUCAACUGCUAGAUGUCAGCUAUUUGACUUGGGUAACAAUUGAUGAGACAUGGCAGUGGCACCUGGAACCUUGGAAUAAACUUUUCAAUUGUGUGAUUUUGCAAACUCAACUUUGAUUUAGCGGCAUAAAUCUUAAAAUCCUUGGUCACAAAGGACAAUUCACCUCUUUCCUGAUCAGGGCCCCAAGUGGUGGAGCGUCUUUGUGCAAAAACAAAAUGGCCGACGUAUGGGGUCAGCCAUUUUGUUGUUUUCAACAUGACGUUUUUUGCGAUGUAGAAAUCAACAAAGGCUGACCCCAAGAAUUAGCAAAGUUUGGCAACUCCAACACGAAAGGCACUCUUUUGGAAAGAGGUGAAUGGUCCGCAAUUUUCACUAGAGAGGUCAACAAGUUCUGUCUUCUUCGCCAAGUUGCUAAUUCUUAAUUUUGGCUGAUCAGAUCGGAAAGUCUGAGAUGUGAUAUGAGCUUAGAACAAAUAAUCUAAUACAAGCCAUCCAAUGCAAUGUGCACGGGUUUUCUCUUUCAUGAGAAUGUAGAUUUCUCUGUUAUUAGCAAUCUUUAGUCAAGUAGAUCUUCAGCUCUCCUUCCUAGCAACUGUUGUCAUGUACGUGUGCAAGGUUGGUUGUAAAAAGCGUCAUGUGCACUAUGUGAUGUUGUUGCUCAUUCUGAUAUCUCAGUUAGGAUUUAAACGAUGGUUUCUUUCCUCGAAAGAGGGCAAUAUCUCGCUCAAUAAAUUUAAGCUGCUAACUUGUGAGCUGAUAAAACUUAGUCAAAUUAUCUAACAGUUAAGUGGGUUUUCCUUUGCAUUUUGCUUGGUCUUUGCGGCCGGAGGGUAUGCCUUCAACACUUCAUGUAUAUUUGCUUUGCAUUUUAUUUUCUGUGAUUUGUAGAAAUCAAAAACGAAAAGAAUCUCCUAAUGUAGUUUAGAAAACAGCCAUAGGGAAUGUAAAUGGAGUAACUGGCCCAUGAUUGGGUGACUGUGGUCUGCAGAUUUUUCACUCUGCAUGCAACUUCAACCAAAAGAUAUGUUUCAAACAAAUUAAAAGAGGCUCCAGUGCGCUAUAAUCAACUUACCGUACAUGUAACACACUUGUGACCCAAGUUACUUCACUCUCUGGGAAUACCUUUUUGUGGAGUUUGGUUAACUGUGGCAGUGAAAUAAUUUGAACUGUAAAAUGAGCAAUUUAGAUAUGACAUCUAUUGCUCUUUUAUUUCUGGCCCCUCAAAUGGAAUUUUUGGCACUGCAGGCAGUAGAGAUUGUUGUUGCUAUAUGGAUGUGUUCUUUUACCUCAAAUUUCUCGCCAGCUGGAGACUAAAUAAUAUCUAUCAAAUUUAACCCUCUCCAUACGUUUCUAAAGAAAUUGUUUUGUAUAGAUAAUUAUAAUCAUAGUCCUUUGAAAUAUUCAGUAUAAUCUGUUGUUGUUUCUUACUAUGUAUUUGGUUAUAUAUAUCUAGGGAAUGAGGCUCAUUUGCCAGUCGUUUGGAAUUAGGCAAAGCUUGUCAAUUUCAUUUACACGGUGUGUAUACCCCAGCCUAUCAAGUAUUUCUUGUUUUUCUCUGGAACACAAAGAACAGACUCACACCCUUGAAAUCGACAUUCACUUUGUUUUGAAAGAGUUCUAAUUGCUUUUGGAUUUCAAGCUCUAGCCAAAAUAUUGGCGCCUACAUGUAUGACCAACCCUUUAAUCAUAUCCUUACGAACAGGUCAUCACUAACACUUGUGACCCAGGAUAGCAAAAUCAGUCAUGUCGUGUUGCAAAAACGUGUUCGUAAAUUGUAAGCGCAAAUGAGACGGGCGUAACUCUGUGCGCCAUUCUUCUUGCUGUCACGAUUUAAAGCUAUUGGGAGUAUCUUCAUAUGAAAUGGAGAUCUAGACAAGAAACUAACUCAGUUUCCAUUUUUAGGUUAUUUUCAUGUAAGUAUGACUCAUGUUGCUGUCCUUUGUCACACUUGCGCAAUAAUUGAAAGAAGAGAAGUGUUUACCUGAAAAAGAAUUAUCUGAAUUUCUAGUAGCUGUAUAUAUUCAAACGCACUGUACAGAUCUGUUUAGUUCCACACCACUUUAAUUCUUUGAUAUUGUUAUUACGUAGAUUUUCUUAGUCUUGUCAGUCAUUUGAUGAGUAAAUUUGUAAUCAGAUAAAAGUUUGUAGACAAGUAGAGUGCCUCUUGUAUGAUAUACUGUUAUAAUGUACAUUUCAUGUACUCCGAUAUACGUUUGUGUAUAAUACACUGUUGACAUGUGCAUCUUUGUACUACGAUAUACUGUUAUCAUGGACCUCCCCAAUGCCUGUGUCACUGGGUUAUGCUGAAAAAUGGC